AUGAGCCCCCCCGUGAAACGCCGACGAGGCCGACCGCGUACUUCUAACGAACCUGCCGCCGAGACUAAAAAUACCCGUGGAAAGAAACAGGCAUCAGAGCCACCAUCUCAAGAUGAAGCUGCUGCAGCUAGAAAGCCUGUUCGUCGAGGGAGACCUCGAGGAAGCAGUCGCACGGCCGAUAAUCCUGCGGGGCAAGAGCGGGCAGCAGUGACGCAGGAGCCGAUGGAAGAAGAAGACUCCAAUGACCAGGAGAACGAAGACCCGAUGGCUACAAAAGGUACGAAGACUUCACGCGCUGCAACGAAGGCCAAGCCAGCUGCGACUGCGACUGCUACUGCGACUGCGGCGCGUCGCCGAGCGCGAGCAUCCAGCGUGGCGAAGCAGACAGAUGGCGAAUUUGAGUACACUCCGACACGCGCCGCCCAAGUACAGCAAGUACAGGGUGAACCCGAAGUGCUCGACUCUCAGAUGCAAGAAGCCGAGCCCGAGGUUGACGAGUCGAUUCUCCUAGACCCCCCAAGCCGCUACGCGUCCUCGUCUCUUGUGAAGCAUGCGCGGGCCCGUAUGACCACCGUACGGACACAUAAUGUGUCACCAAACAAGCGCCAGUCUAGUUUUGGAGUCGAACAAGGCGUUGAUCCGGAUUUGAGGCGUAGGAUCGGAGAUCUCACCAAGAAGCACGAUGGAUUAGAAUCCAAGUAUCGUAAUCUUCGCGAGAUUGGCAUUGUAGAAGCCAACGCCAACAUGGAAAAGCUGCGCAGGCAAUGUGAGAGUAUCACCGCCGCAUCGAACGAAUUGGUCGCUUCGCUCCGAACCGAAUUGGAAGCGCAGCGAGCGCUUGGACAGCAGAGCCGCAGCCUCCAGAAACAACUCAAAGACCGGGACGUCGAAAUGGCCCAGAUCAAGACCGAGGCCGAGGAGGCUCGCUCUCAGCUUGCGGCAACACAGGCUGAAGCCAAGGCCUUGCAGACCAAGCUCGCCGCAGCACGCAGCACAGCUGCAAGCCUGGAGAGCGUAGCCAAGGUUCCCGGAAGCGCCAUGAAGGUUGGAGUCAACCGCGCAACCGCCGCUGUAAGCGCCGAGGCCGCACAAGCAGCCCAGCUGGCGUUGCUCAAAGAGGAGCUGUAUACCGAUUUGACUGGAUUGAUCAUUCGGGAUGUCAAGAACAGAGAGACAGAUCAUCUAUACGACUGCAUUCAGACCGGUGUUAACGGAAGUGAGUACCUCUCGCUCUACUAUACCAAUUCAGCAUCUAACUAUGCCGCAGCUCUGCACUUCAAGCUUGUCAUUCCCAAGGUGGUUUCGUCGAAGUACGAGUCUGCGGAGUUCCAGUAUUUGCCCUUGCUGGAUGCGAAUCGGGACCGUGAGCUGAUGGGCAUUCUUCCCGAAUUCUUGAGGGUGGAUAUCACCUUUAGUCGUGGGCAGGCGUCCAAGUUCUAUACAAGGGUUAUCGAUGCCUUGACGAAGCGGCGGUCGAGCUCGGCGUAG